CGGUGGCAUGGCGGCGCCGAGCUGCGCCUCGCGGGCCUGUCGCGGGGUGGUGACGCGCCGGCGGGGCGCGGGGAGGAUGGGGCUGUGAGGGCGGCCGCCGCGCCGGACACCCCGCGCCGCGCCGAGCAGGAGCAGUGGGCGCCGUGCCGGGGCUGUGGGUUGCCGCAGGCCCUGCCGCUGCCUUGCAAGUCGGAGGAGACGGUAGUGAAAAAGAAAAUACCAAGAUGAGUAAAAAGCCUCCAAAUCGUCCUGGAAUCACAUUUGAGAUUGGUGCUCGUUUGGAGGCACUGGACUAUUUACAAAAAUGGUAUCCAUCUCGUAUUGAGAAGAUAGAUUAUGAAGAGGGGAAGAUGUUGGUCCAUUUUGAACGUUGGAGUCAUCGCUACGAUGAGUGGAUUUACUGGGACAGUAAUAGGUUGCGACCCUUGGAGCGACCAGCAUUAAGGAAAGAAGGGCUGAAAGAUGAUGAAGAAUUUGUUGAUUUUAAACCUGGAGAGGAAGUCCUAGCUCGUUGGACAGACUGUCGGUAUUACCCUGCAAAGAUUGAAGCAAUUAAUAAAGAGGGAACAUUCACAGUACAGUUCUAUGAUGGUGUUAUUCGAUGUCUUAAGAGGAUGCAUAUCAAAUCUAUGCCAGAGGAUGCAAAAGGGCAGGCGCGCGAGAGGGAGCAGAUAGCGCCGGAGCUGAGAUUAGUGACGGAAAUCGAACCAAAAGAAGAUUGGAUAGCUUUGGUCAAAGCUGCUGCUGCAGCAGCAGCCAAGAACAAAGCAGGAAGUAAACCUAGAACCAGCGCAAACAGCAAUAAAGAUAAAGAGGACAGAAAAUGGCUAAAAGUUCCUUCAAAAAAGGAAGAAACCUCAACUUCUACAAUCAUGCAGGAAGUCCAAAAAAAGGAAGAGGAACCUACAUCUAGUGACACAUUUGUAGGAUUUCCUGUAGUGGAUGUUCCAAAGAUGACCUUUGUGCAGGCAGAGAGCACGUUAUCACACAAGAGGAAAAGUAAUCUAGGCAACUCAUUUCAGGCAAAGAGAGCUCGUCUUAACAAGAUCACUGGUUUAUUGGCAUCCAAAGCUGUUGUUGCGGAUGGUGCUGAAAAAAAGGAAGGCAACAAAGAAACAGCUCCAGUCCUGGAGCAGGAGAUUUCACCUAAACCACAAAGUCAGAAAAAAAAUGAAGCUGAUAUUAGCAGUUCUGCCAACAUUCAGAAACCUGCACUGUUAUCCUCAACUUUGUCUUCAGGAAAGGCUCGCAGCAAGAAAUGCAAACAAGAAUCUGGAGAUUCUUCUGGGUGUAUAAAGCCCCCUAAAUCACCACUUUCCCCAGAAUUAAUACAAGUCGAGGAUUUGACGCUGGUCUCUCAGCUUCCUUCUUCUGUGAUAAAUAAAACUAGUCCAUCACAGCCAGUGAAUUCCCCUAGAUCCUACAAACAUAGCCAACGGAGAAGAAGAUCACAGCGUUUAGCCACUUGCUCCUUGCCUGAUGAUUCUGUAGAAAAAGUUUCUUCUCCCUCUUCAGUUACUGAUGGAAAAGUGUUCUCCAUCAGUGGUCAAAACCAACAGUCAUCAAAAUUGGAGGUACCUGAUGUUGCUCAUAUGUCACUUGAGAAGCGUGGACCAUGUCUCCCUCUUGAUUUAAGCCGUAGUUCGGAAGUCACAGCACCAUUAUCCACAGAAUCCACUUUCCGUAAUGAAUAUCCCAGUAAAGACAAGGAAGAUAUUCAGAUGAUUACAUAUCUUUCUUCCAAAGCAGUAACUGAUGGAAGAGUAGCUACAACAGCGUCAGCACCCUCGUCCCAUGUACAUGCCUUGCAUCUGGAAAUGCCUUUAACCAAUAGUCUAAAGUUACCCAAAGGGAAUAGUAAAAAAAAGAGGUCUUCCACAUCAGUGAGCUCUGAAGGGACAGAGAUACAGUGCUCUGUGCCCAUAAAGGAGAAAUGUUUUGAGAGUCUGAAGGAGAAAAUAUUAAAGAACGUGAUUGAGAAGGACAAGCAUUCAGAAGUUGGUGCAGUGAGAAUGGAAAGAAAAGGAAAACUGGAAGACAAAAGUGCUUCAACAUAUGGUAAAAAGAAAGAAAAGGAAAAGGAGAGAAAAGAGAAAAAAGAGAAAGAUCAUAAAUCGAAACAGAAAAAGAAGAAGAAAAAAAAGAAGAAAUCUAAACAGCAUGAUUAUUCAGAUUAUGAAGAUAGUUCUGUUGAGUUCUUGGACAGGUGCUCCUCUCCAUUAACAAGGUCUUCGGGGAGCUCUCUGACUUUGCGCAGCAUGUUCUCAGAGAAGAAUACAUCAUACCAGUAUCCAAGAGCUAUCUUGUCUGUUGACCUUAGUGGAGAAAACCUUUCAGAUGUGGAGUUCUUGGAUGAUUCCUCUACAGAGAGUUUGUUACUUAGUGGUGAUGAAUACAAUCAGGAUUUUGAUUCAACUAACUUUGAGGAGUCUCAGGAUGAAGAUGAUGCUCUCAAUGAAAUUGUUAGAUGCAUUUGUGAACUGGAUGAAGAAAAUGGCUUUAUGAUUCAGUGUGAAGAGUGCUUGUGCUGGCAGCACAGUGUAUGCAUGGGACUGUUGGAGGACAGCAUUCCAGAGCAGUACAUCUGUUAUAUCUGCAGAGAUCCACCAGGAGAAAAAGGUCAUUCACAAUGUCAGUAUUUUAAAGUGUAUUGGGAUAAUGGGCAGAAAGGAGAUAGACAGGGUAUUCUCCUGAAAGGUCAGAGGUGGAGUGCCAAAUAUCUUUAUGAUAAAGACUGGCUAAACAAUGGACACAUGUGUGGAUUAUCAUUUUUGAAAGAAAACUACUCUCAUCUUAAUGCCAAAAAGAUUGUGUCAACGCAUCACCUACUGGCAGAUGUAUACGGUGUAACUGAAGUAUUGCAUGGACUGCAGUUGAAGAUUGGGAUAUUAAAAAAUAAGCAUCACCCAGACCUUCGUCUCUGGGCUUAUUCAGGGAUGCGAAAAGAACAAGAACAAGUAACUAUUGGGAUAGAGAAAAAAAUAGUGACUUUGCCAGAUGCUGGUAAUCCAACUGAAAGGACGUGUCACAGUCAAAACCAUAAAGAGCCACCCAGUAUACCUCAGAAGAUGGAAGAAACAUACAUCACAAGUGAGCACAGUUACCAAAAACCACAGAGUUUUGGGCAAGACUGCAAAGCAGUCACUGGCCCUAUGAGCUCAGAUGAUGAAGAUACAAGUAGUUUUGAGGAAGAUCAGGAAUUUCACACAGAGAAUAAAAACUGUUUACAAUACUCUUUUAAAGAUGAUGGCAUGAAUGAACAGAAGAAUUCUGCUGAAGGAAACACUGUGUUUGUUUGUAAUGAAAGAAAAGGCUCAGAAGAACAAGUGGACACACAUCUUCAAUGGCAGCUAAAUCUCCUUACCCAUAUAGAGAAUGUACAGAAUGAAGUCACCAGCAGAAUGGACCUGAUUGAAAAAGAAGUUGAUGUUUUAGAAAGCUGGCUUGAUUUCACUGGAGAACUGGAACCACCAGAUCCUCUGGCAAGAUUGCCUCAGCUCAAGCGACGUAUCAAACAGCUCUUAAUUGACAUGGGGAAAGUACAGCAAAUAGCAACACUUUGCUCUGUAUGACAAAAGGAAGAAUAAAGAAAUAAAAAUAGGUUCUUUACAGUGAAUUUUCUUACUAGCCACAAGACGGACAGGAAGACAGCAAAAAAGCUGAGCAUUUAUCUGGUUCUUUGCUGAUUACAUUAAUAGCCUGAAGCUUUAGAGAGAGGAGAGGAAAUUUAUAUUAAGGAAUCUAUUGCAUUGAAAAUCUGAAUGUUCAGUGUCCAAACUUCAAAAUGUAAUAUAUCACAUACUGAGAAGUGUUGAUAGGAUUUUAACAUGGUAAACAAGAAAAUCCCCACAUAGAAGAAAGCUGAAUAAACAAAAACUCUAUGAAGAACAAUGCUACUGUUUUGAAACCUUUGGCAAAAAAUCUUGAGUCAGCAGAAUUCAGCUGACUAAAAAUUCUUGGGAACUUUUUUAAUGAAUUCCUCUUGUCUUGCUAGUGAAAGAUAGGCACAGAGAGAGCUGUAUCCUCUCUACAAGGGAAGUUUUAAGGUUAUUUCCUUCUCUCAUGAAUGUUCAGGAAAACAAACAUACUAGCUUUGGUUUUUGAAAGAAAUUACUUAUCAUGGUCUCCUUUUAAAAAUAUUUUUUUAAAUAGAAAUCCUUAUUACAGCACCCUUACACUCCUUUAAAACAUAAGUGGCAAAUAGUGGUCAGAUGUGCCAAAUAAUAAAACCACUGGGAUGAGAGUUUGAUUGACUUACAUGAAGGUUUUUUCCAAAGUCCUACUCAGUGCCAGCAAUCCAUCCAAAAUUGUAUCUAGUUUAUAUUUUUUUAUGUUCUAUUGCAGUAUUCAGAAUUCAAGGUACAAUUUUUGUCCUGGGUAGCUCAGUUCUGGUGUUGGCCCUCUGAAACUUUACCAUCCUCAGCUGGGAUGAGGAGUGACAAGAGCAGCAAAACUGUCUGUGGCUGUGAAUAUACUAAACCACUAGAAUAAAUAUCUCAAGUAUCCAAGGUGUUUUUAUAAAAUCUUUCAGCUUCAGUGAAUGAAAUAUCAUAAAACCAAAGGCAACCUACUUGCUGUGUUAGCUCUUGCUGGAUUUUUGAGCCCAGGACUUUCCCUGUGCUUAAAGUUGCCGCUGUACCCAGUGCUACAUACAUAUCUGUAUGUGUAUGUAUAUGUGUAUAGAUACACAUGUACAUAUAUACAUGCUAUAUACAUUUAUAUCGACACAUACCUAGUUUUAUUACAAUAAACUAUAAGAACUGGUGGUUAACAUGAAAUGUUACCUUUUAACAAGCAGUUUCUAAAAUUGAAAAUAAUGUAUGUACAGGUUUUGAAAUUUGUAAAAUAUGACUGUUAAAAGGAGGCUAUUUAACUGAUGACAUUAAGUUACUUGAACAUUUUAUGCCUCACAUCUGUUUAUCAGUUCUAGUUAUCUGUAUAAAUGCAUUUUAGAACCGAUAGACAGUAAACUUGAAUUUACCUUUUGAUAAAGAGUACAAGCCACUGUACAUUCAAAAAUUAUUUAAAUUUGCAAACACACUGUUCUAUAUGUAAGGUACUGUAUGUAAAACUGUUUAUUAAAACUAUUCUGCAUACUCUACACUUUCCACUUUUCUUCCUGAUCUACGUAAAAAUAUAUAUAAAAAAAUGUGAUUGUUAUAAUGUACAGACCAUCUCAAAUCUUGGAAUGCCUUUUGAGGAUGCAUAAAAUUGAAAAAUGUGCCAAAGAUGGAUUAUCUGGGAAAGGCUUUGCAACCAGUGCAACUAUUACUGAGAAAGAAAGUAGCAUGGCUGGUUCAUUGCUAAAAUAAAGGUGCCCUGGCGUUUCCCAUCUGUCUGUCGUAUCUGAAGUGAGUUAUCACUCAUGACGUCCAAAGCAAUGUGUAAAGCCCCGUUACAGAGUGGCUGCUAUUUAAAAAGUCCUGCUAUAUCAGGCCUGUAGGAGACAUUGCAGAGCUGCAUGGUAACAUGGAAGUUAAUUACGGAAUCAUGAUUGGCAACUUCAUGAUGCAGAAAAAACACAGGAGCUGAGGAGUUGUUGACAUUUUUAUAGCAACUGUUAAUAAAUAAAAUACUCUGUGUUAUAUAGUUGGGUGCUUAAGUAAGUGCUUCAAACAAUAUGAGUCGUUGAGUGACCUACUUUGUUUUGGAUAUGUGGGGCUUUAAUAUAUUAUUCACUUGCUGCAUAUCCUUGAAUGUGGUACUGUGUGUACUGUAUAAGAGAAGUGUAAAUCCAGGUGAAUUACUUUGAAACAAAGUGGAGUGUAUUUACAUAAUUUAUACAGCAUACACUGUAGCAAUAUUAUGCAAUGUGUGUGCAUGCGUGUGCUGUAAUAUAAUUGUAAAUGUUACUGAAGGUGGGCAGAGAUUCCAGGUGGGAGGAUGGAGGUUUCAUUCUUGGUGCACAGAUGGAGGAGUGGUAUCCUGAAAAGGAGAUCGUAAGGUCAAAGUUAGUUGCCCUUGCAGCUUUAACUUGUCUUUGUUUGUAUAUGAAAUGGUCUCUAAAUUUACAUGAGUGUGGAAUUUUAUCCCUCAGGAUCCUGCCUUAUUCAGGAUGAAUUGUGCUUACAAAAACAAUCUCUUCACUAUUUUUUUAUCUUCAUUUCUUGUGUAGUCAUGGAUUCUAAAAAUUCCUGCAAGCUUUCAUAUCUUCUAAGAAAUGCAGUCUCAGUGUCCUUACGGACAGUGCUAUGAUAUCGUGUGUAUUGCUUGAAUGCUUUACAAAUUUGCCUGAAGUUGCUUUCUCAGAUUGUGAUGUUAGUCUAAUGUAAACAUGAGUUUUGGCCCCAGUUUCUCAAGUAUUCAAACGUUUGGGAAGCUUUUGAUUUUUUUUUUUCUUUAAACACUUACAAGUCAAGUGCCAUAAAAAUGCCAAGUGUUUUGCACAGAAUGUAACCUACGGUUGAUUGCUUUGCUCAUGUGCCAGUCAAACCCAAUGUGAUCCAACUCAGACCAGUAUUUCUUCUCGUUGGCCUUAUCGAGAGAAUCUUUUUUCCUGUAGGCAUCAUUUUCCAUCUGUCUUCCUGCUUCGUCUAAAUAAGCCAGGGAUCUACACGCAGUCUGUUUGCAGCGUCAUUUAUCGGGGUGUGAGUUGCGAUUCCUUGUGCUGUGAGGAGGCUGCGUGAGGGCUGGGUUUGAUAUAGGUGCUCAGAAAGGUAACUUUUUAAAAAAAUUGCAGCCUUCUUUUAACUUGAAUUCUUAAUAGUAAUAAACAAAAGCGAAAUGCCACUGUACAGAAGCCUCUUGCGAUUUCACAAGGCUAAAUGGCAAACUUGUGGAGACUUUACCCGCCUGACAUUUUGUCCGAGGGUUGUUUGUUCUUUCUUGGAGGUACGAGGGCGAUCCGUUCCAAAGCUGCCUCCUUCCUGUGACCGUACCACAGGCAUCUACGUCAUGAAAUCUGUGUUUUCAGUCCCAGUGAUGGCUGAAGGAUGUCAGUAUUGCAGUCAUAAACAAAACAUAGUCUUGGUGACAUGAUCGGGUAACACGUGAUAGGGCUGUCUCAGUGACAAAGUGGAGGUGCUUCAAGUCGUACGGCAGGGAACGGGUUGGAAGGCACUUCUCUUGGGUAGCUGUAGGUUAAGUAGUGCCCACAUUUUGGAUAUUCUGGCCUUAGAUGCGUAGAUCUUUGUUCAGCUAUGGAGUGAUUUACAGUGAUAGAGAAGCCUGUUGUGCUCUUUAAAAUGGUUGAAGAAGAUGGGUUGCGAUUUUCUGGUAGAGUGGCAAAGAACUGAAACUUUUUCUAUGGAUGCAGGCCUCCUCUAUGGCUGGCAUUCACCUGUCUCUCUUAAUUUUGUCUCUUGAGCUUCAACAUGUGCUCCUCAUCUGUUUGUUCUGUAGCUUGCAUCUGUUUCUCCUUUUGUUCUUCAGUUUUCUGCACUCUGGCUUCUUCUGUGAUGCCUGGAGGGUUUCACUCCUCUGUUCUUGUUCCCAGUUCUUUCUGGCUGCUGUGGGAGGCAGUUGCAGGGAAAGUUCUCUGCUCGACUGUCCUCAGCCUCCAGUGUGUCCAGUAUAGUUGGAGUGUGUGUACCAUGAUGAAAAUCUUCAGAUGUUUUUUACUGCCUUCCUUUAGUAAGCCUCUUCUGAUCUUGUGCAAGUGGCGGUCUCCCUCUGCUCACAUCUGACUUCUAACUUAACUAGACUUCAACAAACAUUACAGCAAAACCCCUCUGGCACUGCUGGGCUCCAGCAUUCCUUACCAGACUGAAGGCUGGGAUGUAAAGGGGUCACUCGAACAUCAGAGUAAAAUCGUAAAAGUAUUUCGAUGCUUGCAAAUCAGAAUAUUUUUUUCCUUUUUAUGUGAAGGGAAACCAAUUACUCUGCUUCACUGGAAUUUUAUAAGACACGAAACAGAUCCUGAACUGAACUGGAGCUUGCUGUAAAAAUCAAGAGCGAAAGUAGGGGGUGAGAAGCGAGAAGCACUCCACAGACAGGGGCUUCCUAACAAGAAGUUGUGCAAUCGAACCAUCUUGACUACCUUGCCCUGUUAGUAAUUACAUGGAGGUGCUGAUGUGUGAGGGGGAGUGCAUGCAAUGAUGCGAUUCAUUUGCCAGCAGGGCCCAGCUUUGCCAUGUCGGUUUAGAACACUGGAAGUGUAGGUUUUCUCUGCCAGCUUAAAAAUGUUACAGUACAUGCCUCUUAAUUUUGGAGUGCUUAUUAAGGUGAGAGACUUAAUCACUUUCAAAAUGCCCAUUGCUAUUCUCACGUUUUAUUAGCUGACACUUUUUUUUUUUUCCCUGUUCUACUGAGUCCAUAUACCUUUCAGGUGAUCAUUUUACAGAGUAUGUUUGAAAUACUUUGGUAAUGGUUUUUAUUAUACUAUGUUAUGUCUUGGGCACUGGGUGUGGGGGUCUGACUUUAGCAAUAAGUGUUAUACACUAUGUGUAUAUCUGUUUAUAUAUGGAAAAUAAAUACGGAGCAUGUAAUGAUGGUGAAAAUACACUGCACAGAGAGCAGAUUGUGCAUUUGGAAGCCAUUAUGCAACAGCCCGAAAAACUGAAAUAAAAAAUUGGGAGACCACAUGGAGAAAAUUAGCAUGAAAAAUCAUUCAGGAGUGAAUUUCCCUUUCUAUACACACCGGUCCUGUGUGUGAGCAGUAGAUGAGCCAGCCUUAUUCUAUGGAAUGAAUAAGUAAAGCUAGUUCAAUUGCUGGUCACCUCGAACAGCAGCCUUCCUUUCUCUAAAACUGGCCAGAGCCACCUCUGUUCAGCUGUAGCCACGUGUGCCAGUGUAUUGUCACUAAACACUCUGAGAGAGGCAGCAGUGCACUACUAAAUCUUCUGUGAGAGAAGCAAAAAACUUCUGUGAUUUGUUUUUUAUAAUAGCAAUAAUGUUGACUGCAUUCUAAUACAAUAAAAGUCUGUUGAGAUUGUUA